AUGAUUGAUGGAACACAUUUUCGAGGUGGUAUUAUUUCAUGGCGUCCAUUAAACGCUACUCCAUCUGGUACAACUGCACAAAUUCUCAUACACCAAAGAUAUUUUUGGUGGCGGCUAUAUUCUGGUUUCAACGGUUAUCUNUCUUGUGACACAACAGCAUUAUUUCUAAUGGUAUGGAUAUCUAUUGAAAGACAUCUGCUUAUCUUUUAUCCAAAACUUAUAUCCAAAAGAGGAUGGAAGAAAUGGAUGUUUGAUGUCUUACCUUUAAUCAUUUGUCUCAUGUGGGCACCAAUUGUAUAUCUUGCUCUAAUUGUUAUCAUUUCGACAUGUGAGAAUACGUGGGACUAUGGAACACUUCUUUGCGGACCACCAUGUUACACUUAUACGGGUUUCUUAGGCAUCUAUGACUUUGUUUUCAAUGUAUGUGCACCACUUUUCAUCAAUAUUCUAGUGAAUUUAUUGUUAAUCAUUCGAGUAAUCAAAGAGAAACUAUCUUUUCGUCCAAGAAUUAAUUGGCGGAAACAUCGGAAAAUGAUCUUGCAGUUUUGGGCUAUAUCUUCGCUUCAUGUUGCACUAUGGUCACCGCUUGUCAUCGUGAGUCUCAUUCAAAUGACUGGAAUGCCUUCAUUCAUGGCCGAUCAAUAUACAAAGUUAGAAUAUACUCUUUAUUACAUGCCAUUACUUUUGCCAAUAACAUGUUUAUGCGCAAUACCAAAUUUAGUUAACAAAAUCAUGCGUUUUAUUUGGAUACGUCGAACGAAUGUAGUUACAGUCGGUGACAUACCUGAUACUAGACGAAGAACAGGAAAAAUAUCUCGUCAACAGAUUUGUAUUUGA